UCGAAGCAUGAACGUGGGGUGUCAUGUGACAGUCAGCUGACUCCUAACCGGAAAAAUAUCAAAACACCAAAUCGUGACAUUUUCCUCACCAUUUUACACAGGUUAUAUUUUAGCUUAAUAAACGAUGGAGUCGACACUAGAGCAACACCUUGACGAAACCAUGAAGAAUCCAGCAGUUGUCGGCGUUCUUUGUACGGACGAGCAAGGACACAACCUGGCAUGCCGUGGCUCGCUCUCGGACGAGCAUGGAGGUGUGGUGUCCGUUUUGGCCAAACAGGCUGCCGCGCUCACCAGAGACCCGACGGACAUACCCACCGUGUGCCUGGAGUCUGAUUCCGGGAACAUUUUGGUGAGAAGUCACGGGACUGUCACGGUUGCCGUUCACAAGAUUUCCUCCUGAAAGAACGUUGACAAGAGAAUGUACAGAAAAUACUGUAAUGGUUGUCUUCUGUCCCAAAGAAUUUCUAUGUUAGCUUGUAUUUGUUUUAAUGAUUUUGUUUAUAGAAGCUACAUCUAAUGAGAAUUUUUUUUUUUGUGACCAAAAUAAACUCAAUCAUUAAUGAUUUUCAUCA